AUGGAAUCCAGAAAUCACACAGAUGUUUCAGGAUUCCUUCUCAUGAAACUGACAGAGGACCCAGAACUGAAGACCAUUUUCUUCAGCCUGUUCCUGUCCAUGUACCUGGUCACUGUCCUGGGAAACCUGCUCAUCAUCCUGGCUGUCACCUGUGACUCCCACCUCCACACCCCCAUGUACUUCUUCCUCUCCAAUCUGUCCUUUACUGAUAUCUGUUUAAGCACCACCAUGAUCCCAAAGAUUCUAGUGAAUGUCCAGACACAGAAUCAGAGCAUCACUUACACAGGCUGUCUCACCCAGAUCUGCUUUGUCCUGAUUUUUAUCUGCUUUGCCCUGACUUUUGUUUUGUGGGAAAAUUUUCUCCUUUUAGUAAUGGCCUAUGACCGCUAUGUGGCUAUUUGUCACCCACUGAGAUACACAGUCAUCAUGAACCCUCGCCUCUGUAUUCAGCUGAUUCUACUCUCCUUGUUCAUCAGCACUGCGGACGCCCUGCUCCACGGUCUAAUGGUGUUGCGACUGUCCUUCUGCACAGACCUGGAAAUCCCCCUCUUCUUCUGUGAAGUUGUUCAGGUCAUCAAACUUGCAUGUUCUGACACCCUCAUCAAUAACAUCCUGAUAUAUUUAGCAGCUGGUGUAUUUGGUGGCAUCCCUCUUUUUGGAAUCAUUUUCUCUUAUAUUCAAAUUGUUUCUUCCAUUCUGAGAAUGCCAUCAUCAAGCAGAAAGUACAAAGCUUUUUCCACUUGUGGGUCUCACCUCUCAGUCGUGUCCUUGUUCUAUGGGACAGCUUUUGGGGUGUAUAUUAGUUCUGCAGUUACUGACUCUUCUAGGAAGAUUGCAGUGGCUUCCAUGAUGUACACUGUGGUCACUCCCAUGAUGAACCCCUUCAUCUACAGCCUGAGGAACAAAGACAUGAAGGGAGCCUUGAGGAAGCUCUUUGGAAGAAUAUCUUUACUGUGA